AUGCCUGCCGCCGAAGCGAAGCGAUCGCUCUCCAGUGGGAAGAGGCUGCAAAAACGAAAUACACCUGCACAUCGACUGCCUGCGUACCAACUUCCAACACGCCUUCGAGCCUCAGAAGAUGCACAGGAAGACGUUGCUGCCCCAAGCAGGAGUAGCGAUGCACCGGCGCAAUAUAUGAACCAGUCAAUAUUUGGUAUGAUAGCAGCUGCGGGCUCAAGGACCGACUUCAACCAAAGGUUUGACGAGUCAAGCGACAGCGAUCCUGACAAUACAGGGCAAGAAGGCGAGUCGACAGCACGACGUGGGUCGAAGAAGAGUGCCAGAUCAAUACAUGCGACCCAAAUAUUAGACGAGUCAAGACAGAAAAAGCGUUUGUCGCUACAACGUCUUACCCACUCGGUCACGCAAUCUGUCCCAAAGCUCUCCUUACGGCCUUCAAAGAACCGCAAAUCGAAGAUUCGCCAGUUAGACUCCUUGGACGAUAGGUCAGACGAUGAGGAUACAGGUGAUCACAAGGAUGCGCCUAUGAUGAGCAGGCUGUUGACUGCAGAAGCUCAGUACGAAGCCAACGAAGCGGCUGGACCUAGCCAGACUUCUCAGCUGGUCUCAACAACUGCCAGAGCAAGAGCCGAGUCUUCCCCUGCAACACUGCUUGCUACGCGCUUGAAAGAGAUCUUUGGCUUUGAUAACUCCGAGACUGUUGUUGCAGAGUUUCCAUGCUGGCUUCUACAGAGCGUACUACUUCAGGGCUACCUCUAUCUUACACGACAUCACAUCUGCUUCUAUGCUUACUUGCCCAAGAAGACCAACGUUGCUGUAAAGACAGGACACUUAUCCAAGCGAGGCAAAUCAAAUCCCAAGUAUCGACGUUAUUGGUUCGAGCUGAAAGGCGAUGUUUUGACCUACUAUUCGAAUCCAUCUGAUCGAUACUUUCCCCAGGGUAACAUAGACUUGCGUUACGGAAUAUCUGCAUCGAUCGGUGGCGAAAAGGACAAGGAGCCCAGAGACUUCUCCGUGACAACUGACCACCGAACCUACUAUUUCAGAGCUGAUUCAGCAAUUAGUGCUAAAGAGUGGGUAAAGGUGAUUCAAAAAACAAUAUUUCGAUCACACAACGACGGCGAUAGUGUCAAAAUCUCGCUGCCAAUGGAGAACGUUAUUGAUAUCGAGGAUAGUCCCGUUGUCGAUUUUGCUGAGACUAUCAAGGUCAGAGUCGUGGAGAACGAUGACUCUUACGCUAUCGACGAAUACUUCUUCUCUUUCAGCUUCGGCGUCGAUGUCAUGCACACCUUGCGCACUCUUUUCGACGACUCAGUACGGCGACGUGGCUCAGUCGAUCUGCUUUCACCUGUAGCUGAUGAUGCUACAAGGUCGCCGUCACCGAGUGCAAGAAAACCCCUCCAAGCUGCCCGGGAGCCUUCCCCAAUGUCUCCUAUAAGAGAAAGUGUGAGGGCGACCCUGACACCGUACGCGCUUGGACCAGAUGGUAAAAUGACACCUCGUAUGAGUGGUGAUUUCAUACGAUCUGGCAAUAGUCCAUCCAGGACAAGCUUCGAUCAGGCAGUUGAAUACGGUCGUUCGAGCUUCGAAAGAGGACGGGCGAGCGAGCCCACCUCGCGGUUGCACCCCAUGGCUGGAGAGAGACGAACGGCGAGAUCGCCGCUCGCAAGACCUGCAGAGAAACCUGAAACUUCAUACUUUCCUCCCACACAGGAGAAGGGCAGUGAUUCUUCAACAGCUUCUCCUUCUUCACCUUCUAACGUGGAUAUGUCAGCCAGCCAAAUCUUAUCUCGCUCCGAUGUGUUUCACGCCCCCGUGGUAAGAAGAAUGAGCACUCUCGUUUCUGACGACACAGACAACGAGAACAGAUUAUCAGGUGAUGAGCAAGAUGCCUUUCCAAAACCGAGCCAUGGACGAAAGGUCGCAUUGCAAGCAGAAGCUAUUACAGGACAAACCCUGGUCGGCACCGACCACCCUCGCACUGCAUCCCCAACACUCCAAGAAAUCGUAAAAGCUAGUGCUUAUCCUUUGCAGCGAGCAGGUGCCUUUGCCGGCUAUCUGAAAAAUAGGUCUGAACGUAUGUCAAGGCUUCUGGCUACCGAGUCUAUGUCUUACCUAGAAAAAGUUUCUGGCAUGUGGGCCGGUCAAAGAAAGCACUAUGGUGAAAACGAGACUGUAAUUGCUGAGGACCAAGAUGUCGAUCCUGAGGAUGAAGAAGCUAAUGUCGGAUACGGCGACCGUUUUCGCACGCACUUUGCAUUACCAGCAACGGAAAAGCUUCAAGCGACCUAUUUCGGAUUCUUGCACCGGGUGCUUCCUCUCUACGGAAAGAUUUACAUUAGCAAUAGUAAAUUUUGUUUCCGCAGUUUGCUACCUGGAACACGAACCAAGCUUAUACUUCCUCUCAAAGACGUCGAGAACGUAGACAAGGAAAAAGGAUUUCGCUUCGGUUAUCAUGGACUAGUAUUGGUCAUCCGUGGCCACGAGGAACUUUUCUUCGAAUUCAGCUCUGUCGAGAAUCGAGAUGACUGCGCUGUGACCUUGUUCAAGCAUUUGGAAUCAAUGCGCCAUCUAGCUGGAUCAGGCAUUAUCUCUCAAUUGGAAGCUGAAGCAGCCGAGGCGGCCAAAAUAGAGAAUGUCAUGUUACAAGAAGCACGUAGAAACCCGGGUGCUGCAGGUCUAGAUGCAGUUGUCGCACUCAAAGAAGGUCUGCCCCCUGUCCAAGAUGAGACCACACCAGUACUGUUUGACGAUGGCAAAGCCUCAAUAAUCAGUUUCAAACCUCCUUCUGGGUUACGCGUCACAUGUCUUACCAUCGGAUCGCGAGGCGACGUCCAGCCAUACAUUGCAUUGUGCAAAGGACUUCUUGCUGAGGGACACAAGCCAAGAAUCGCGACGCAUGCAGAAUUUGGACCAUGGAUCCAGAAACACGGUAUCGAUUUUGUGUCAAUUGGUGGAGAUCCUGCAGAAUUGAUGCGAAUCUGUGUUGAGAAUGGUAUGUUCACUUAUUCCUUCCUCAGAGAAGCUACAUCGAAGUUUCGAACAUGGAUCGACGAUCUUCUAGACUCGUCUUGGCAGGCCUGUCAGGACUCAGACAUUCUCAUAGAGUCUCCCAGUGCGAUGGCUGGGAUUCAUAUUGCCGAGGCGCUUGGUAUACCCUAUUUUCGCGCCUUUACCAUGCCUUGGACAAGGACUCGAGCUUACCCACAUGCUUUUGCCGUUCCUGAGCACAAAUAUGGCGGAGCAUACAAUUAUCUGUCCUACGUGAUGUUUGACAACGUCUUCUGGAAAGGCAUCUCCGGGCAAAUCAACAGAUGGCGAAAGCGGGAUUUGCAACUGGGAAGCACGAACCUCGAACGCAUGCAGCAGAACAAAGUGCCAUUUUUGUACAAUUACUCUCCACAUGUGGUCCCACCACCGCUUGACUACUCCGAUUGGGUCCGCGUAACCGGAUAUUGGUUCCUUGAUGAAGGAGCUGACUACCAACCUCCGCAGGAGCUUGUUGAUUUCAUGCAAAAGGCACGAGCGGAGAGCAAGAAACUAGUGUACAUUGGUUUUGGCUCGAUAGUUGUGGCAGACCCGGCAGCACUUACAAGGACUGUUGUUGAGGCAGUAUUGAAAGCCGACGUUCGUUGCAUCCUCUCUAAGGGCUGGUCUGAUCGACUUGGAGAUCCAUCUGCGCAGAAACUCGAAGUGGCUCUCCCAUCUGAGAUCUACCAGAUCAAGGCUGCACCACAUGACUGGCUGUUCAGACAAAUUGACGCUGCGGUUCAUCAUGGUGGCGCUGGCACCACCGGAGCUAGUCUGCGAGCCGGCGUUCCCACUAUAACGAAACCGUUUUUCGGCGACCAAUUCUUCUUCGGUAGUCGCCUAGAAGACCUUGGGGUAGGAAUAUGUUUGAAGCGAAUUAACGUCACAGUGCUUGCACGGGCCAUAUGGGAAGCUGUGCAUAGUGAGCGUAUGAUCUUAAAAGCCCGUAAGUUGGGGGAAAAGAUUAGAAGCGAGGACGGCGUUCGAGUUGCUGUUCAAGCAAUAUAUCGCGACUUGGAAUAUGCACAGACUUUGAUCAGGGCGCGCAAGACUCAGUCCCAAAAGGCAGCUUCCGGAUACAAAACAGAGGCUAGCGGCCAGCAGAGUGGGAACGGGACAGGCGAUGGUUUUGGCGCUGUUGACGAGGACGAGGAAUCGUGGACGUUCGUGGAUGGUCUUGAUGAAUCAUGCUAUGGACAAUCGAGCGAAAAACCGAGCGAUAGUGCAAGGUUCAAACGUCGUGGCUAG